UUGGAUGCGGGUGAUAUUUUAGUCGAAGUUUGGCAGCCUGGUGGUCGGGUACCGCUGAACGACGAUCACCCGAAACUGUGGGAGGGAGGGGAGGAGCAACCGAAAGAUCGAAACAAAGGCGAUCUGCUCAAAAUACGUGCAUUCUUGGAACUCUUCUUUUGCAUAUUUUGGAUUAUUUGGUUAAUUCUUGGUACUUUCUGGACCUACAGUGUCAGCAAAAUUGUUACAUACGACAAACAAGAUGGUUCUACUUACUGUGAUCAUCUUACCUAUGUAUUGGCUUUUGUCAUUAUCACCGCCAUUUGGGUGAUUAUGGUAAUGUUUCUAGUCUCUUGCUGUUGCUGUUGUUGUAUCUGUUGUGUUGCUGCGUUGUGGCCAAACGCUCCCCCUUCUACAUCCAAAGAAAAGGAAGAAAAGGUUGAUGAGUAA